CGGGCUCCAGCACCAGCACCAGCACUUUCCCCAAUUGCGCCCUUUCACUCCGCUGUGGCGAUGCAUCGAUAACCUGCAGACACAGAAGAGCGCCGGGCGCUGCACUCUGAACCCGCCUGCGCCAUGGACGGCUCCCCCCGGUCCUCCAAAAGGAGGAAGCUCGACACCCCGGCCCGCGGUGCCUCCAGCCCGCUCAGGCACGCUUCGUCCGCGAGGAAAUCUGGAAGGUUGGCCACUCGCGCCGUAUCGUAUACAAAUGGAGAGGUGCAGGAAGCGAGGGCGUUGAGGGGCUCCAAGAGCACAACCGGCAUGCGACACACCCAUGGAGCGACCGAGGAGGCGGACGUUUGGGACGAUAUAGAAGGUGCCCUGGGCGAGAAGCCGACUACACAGCUACAGCCGUCAGCUUCAAAGCAGCGGCCGUCCACGUCCCAAAACAAGGCCGGUACCUCUAAGAGAGCUCAUACAGAGGAUACCACGAGCACAGGAGACAUGACCGAUGAGCUUCAGCCCACGACCUCUACUCCGAAGGGUCGCAACGUCAAUGGCACCGUGAAACGAGACAGUGCGAGCAGAUUUUCCUUUCGGUCGCUGGUGAACGGAUACAGACACGGGACGGGCACGGAGCCGGAUAUCCAGAUUGCCGCAGACGCUUCCACGCCUUCGAGAGAUACGGAUCAGCUUCGGCCCGCGCGUCGCCCGGGGAGGCGACAGGCGGACGACAGAACGAAUGGAACUAAGUUCGCAACACCGCCGAAGGGACGAACUCGGCGGACAUCGAAGCGAGGUGCACCCGAGGCAGACGACGAUGAAACUGUCGCAACCCCGUGGACAUCGUCGAAACGCCGUGCAUCUGUUCGAGAGCGCUCAACCAUUCCAGAUUCUGAAGACGAGCUGGCCAACCGCAAUUCGCCGAGCGCUACGAUAAGCGCGAGCACAAGACGUCGGGCGCACCGAGCAGAUCACAUCAACAACCAGGCCGAGGAGAUUGUGGUGCCAUCUGAUGACGAGCAGGCCGGUGUUGGCGCGUUAGAAGAGGAUGACUAUGGCAUGGAGGUUGAUGGCAACAGCGCCAUGGGCAGCGUCCUUGACCCCACAGAACCGAGUCCGUUCAACAAACCUGCCUCCGCCCAGAAAACGAAGCCCGCGCUUCGGCUUCUCCACGGGCAUCUGGAGCCUGGUCAUGAGCGACAGCUGGAAGUGUUGAAGAGUAUAAUGCUGGAGCGCAUCGCCGGCAAGCGUCCUGGAGCGCUGAUCGGUUUGGCUGAAGAAUAUAAGACGGUCCACCAACUCAUCGAGCACACCGUCACCGCGGGAGAAAGCAACUCGAUGCUUCUCAUUGGAGCUCGCGGAAGCGGCAAAUCAGCACUUGUCAACAAAGUGCUCUCCGAGAUAUCCAAAGAGAACAGCGAAGACUACCAUAUAGUGCGCCUGAACGGCUUCAUCCACACUGAUGACAAGAUUGCUCUCCGUGAGAUAUGGCGCCAGCUAGGAAAGGAAAUGGAUCUCGACGAAGAGGGCGGCGGCGUGGGGAAGAAUUACGCUGAUACGUUGACAACCCUCCUGGCACUGCUGUCACAUCACUCUGAGCACACUGGUGAAGUGACGGAUCAAGUAGCCAAAGCUGUCAUCUUCAUCAUGGACGAAUUUGACCACUUCGCCCAGCAUCCUCGGCAGACGCUAUUGUACAAUCUCUUCGACAUUGCGCAAUCGCGCAAAGCUCCUAUCGCCGUCCUCGGACUCACUACGCGCAUCGAUGUAGCUAACAGCUUGGAGAAGCGUGUGAAGAGCCGGUUUAGUCAUCGAUAUGUGCAUUUAUCGCUGGCGAAAACGUUCACCGCGUUUCAGGAGACGUGUAAAGCAAAUCUGCUUGUGCUGUCGGAGCAGCUCAAUGUUGAGGAACGUGGGAUCCUUGAAGGUGCGGUCCAGGCCACACCAGCUAAGAAAGGCAAGAAGGGUGCGAAGCAGGACCUUCUAUUGCAGUGGAACGCCAACGUCAACGCCCUCUUCGCAUCCAAAACUUUCCUCACAAUGCAGCUUGGCCCGCACUUCUACCGCACGAAAUCCGUCCCCUCAGUCCUCAACGCGUUCCUUUUCCCCGCCGCCACUUUGUCCCCGACAUUAGCACCGGAACCAUCGAGUCUCCUUGCACCCCCGGACUCCAAGCUCUCCCUAAUUCCCCAUCUCUCCACAUUGUCCCUCUCCCUCCUUAUUGCCGCCGCCCGCCUCGACAUCAUUCACGACAGCGACACCUGCAACUUCAACAUGGCCUAUGACGAGUACGUUACCCUCGCCUCCAAGGCACGGAUCCAGAGCGCGGCUGGCGGUUCCACCUCCAGCAGCGGCAUUAGUAAAGUGUGGGGGAAGGAGGUCGCGCGCAGGGGGUGGGAGGGGCUUGUGGAACUGGGGCUUGUGAUGCCCGUGGUUGGAGGCUUGACGGGCGCGUUUGGGAUGUGUAGGGCGGAUGUCAGUUUGGAGGAGAUUGGGGGCGUGUUAGCGGGUGAGAAGAGUGUGGAGAGGGGGUUGGAGAGAUGGUGUAGACAGAUAUAAGAAGCGGAGGUCUCGAAGGGAAAGGCGAAUGGCGGGUUUGGGUGGGUAUUGCAUAAGGGGAGGUCGUUGCGUCUUGCAUACGGCGGGAGUUCGGCACGUAUUGUGCAGCAUUAACAUCGGUUGGGUCGUCGCAUCUUGCAUUGGAUAGAUGUUCGGCGCGUAUUGCAUAGCAUUGGCAUUGGCGAGUAGCAUUACAUCAUCAGCGAAUAUGAGCAUUACUG